AUGGCAAAGUGGCGAGACGGACGGGGUCGCCGGCAACAUCGUAGAAACCGUAGCCCCCGCAAAGUCGAACGACCAAUAGAAAUAAUCGACGGUGCAGAUUACAUCAACUCCAUGCCAGAUGAGAUCCUCCGCCAUAUUCUCUUCUUCAUCCCCAUCGAUUUGGCCAUGAGAACUUCUGUAUUAUCCAGACGAUGGAGGCAUGUCUGGUGCGAGAUGCCUUGUCUCGCAAUUAAUGGGUCUAUACUGAAGGCUGGUGAGAUAAACCAAACCCUAGCUUCCUACACGGCUCCCAAAAUCACGAGUUUCAAUCUUCGUGUGAGCCUUAAAACUUCACCACCUCAGAUUGAUAGCUUGGUCGAGUUCGCAAUUUCUCGCAACGUUGAGAAGCUGUCUGUGACCAAUCAUGAUCUUAGUUUCAACAAGACUUGCAGUUUUCCAGAUUUUUUCUAUCUCAGUUCCUCUUUGAAGCAACUCAGCGUGAGCUUGCUGCCCCUUUGUGAUAUGAUUCCCACAUGCGCAGUGUCUUGGAAAUCCCUAAGAAACUUGUCACUGAUUCACUGUAAACUUGGACAAGAAUCCAUUGAUAAUAUUCUCUCUGGCUCUCCAAUUCUCGAAAGCUUGACAUUGUAUGAAUGUCGUGUCCUUAAGCGUCUUGAUCUGCGCAAGUCACUGAGUCUGAGGAGGCUGGAGAUAUAUCAUUGGCAUCCUCCACGAGCACAUCAAGAACUGCUGGGUCCUUCAGGACCAGUUGAGAUUGUAGCGCCACACAUCAAUUAUUUGAGAUUGAGAAUAUUCACUGACAAAGAUUUUAAGUUAGUGGAUGUCUCCUCAUUGACCGAGGCUCACUUUUACAUUAGGACUAGUAUACUCCUUCGUUCCACUGAUCAUUGUUUUCAAACCCUAGCGCUGGAGUUGCUAGCAAAACUCCACAACGUAGAGAGGCUUACCCUUGGGGCAACCCUUCUUCAGAUUCUAACACUGGCCGAGCUCCGUGGUGUUCCUUUCCCAACGCUUAAGGUCCAAACUCUGAUUAUUAAAACGGAGUUUGCUCAAUCUGUUAUUCCUGGCAUAGCAAGGUUACUACAAAAUUCACCUGGGCUAAAGAAACUAACAGUAUACACGAUGCACGACCACACCAUAAUGGUACUUUGCCAAACAAUUAAUAGCCCUUUUAUUUUCCUUAGUACGAGUCUGGAUCGAUCUUGGAUAUUCCAAUAUGAGGAGUUUCCCACCUCAAAGGAGAUCUAUUCAAUGUUGGGUUGUAAUGAUUCAACGUCAGAAGUCUUGGCUUUGUUUAUAGAGUUGGUGCUGAGAAAUGCAAAGACACUGGAGACAAUGGUUGUAUGGUUGGGAAGUAGUUCCUUUGAUGAUGCACAAUGGUUUGAAGAGCAACUUCAGAUAGUCGGAACACUUUCUCAAAAUAAUAAUGUUUCCAUUGUACUGAAACGAAGCAAUUGCUAA